AUCUUAGCAUGCCCACCUCCACCCAAGAUGCACAAUGGGCGUCACACUGGAGGACGUGUAUCUCCAUAUCUUCCUGGGAUGAUCGUCAACUACACCUGUGACCCAGGCUACCUGUUGGUGGGGAAAGGCUUCAUUUUCUGUACACAUGAGGGAACCUGGAGCCAAGUUUACCAUUAUUGCAAAGAGGUAAAAUGCAGCCUCCCAAAGUUUACCAAUGGAAUCUGGAAGGAGUUGGACAUGAGGCAAGAAUUUCGAUUUGGAGAGACUGUAACCUUGGAGUGUAAAGAUGGAUAUACUCUGGAAGGCAGUCCCUGGAGCCAGUGCCAGGCAGAUAACACAUGGGACCCUCCUCUGGCCACAUGUACUAGUACAUCUGGCCGACGUAAUGCUCACAUUAUUGGCAUAUCCUCCGGUGUGGUCAUCUUUAUUAUACUCGUCAUUAUUUCCUGGAUGAUUCUAAAGCACAAAAAGUGCAGUAAUACAGAUGCAAAAUCUAAGGAAGUCAAUAUCCAUUUACAUCCCCAAGAAGGGAGCUGUGAUCAUGCGCAAAGUCUGCAAACAAGUGAGGAACAUAGCAGAUCACUAAUACCAAAGGCGUUGGAAAGUACUUCAGGAGCUGGAUACACUGCUGGUGGUGUCUUUCUUGGAUAAUUGUUUCCAGUGACUUGGGUGUCCUUCCUUGACAACAUACUAUAAAGCUGAAGAACAUCUCAGAUGAAAAUGCUCGUCGGAAAGGAGCCAAUUCAUUUCAACAGAAUAAGAUCUGAGACUCAUAAAGUCCUUGAAGUGACCUCACAGAGCGGCCAGCGUGUGCACGUGGAGAUGCUGGAGCUCUCCCAGUUCCCGAGGAAGCUCCCUCCUCGGAGUGCGGAUGCUGUCACUCCAUCUUCCUUCUUUGUGCUGAAAUGAAAGAACACCCUGUCUAGCCAGGGGAAGGACUGCACUUAGGGCUUAGAAGUACCAGUAAUCUCAGUUACUUAAAAGAAGAAGUUGUCACCUAGGAUUUCUGUCUAUAAGUUUGUCAUUUGUCUUUCAUAUUUUUAAUUAUUCAUAUAGGUGAUCUUGAACAAUGUGGGGGUUAAGUGGUGCCAUCUGAAUGAAAAUGCUGUUUCUGAUUGGCCAUUUGCUAAAUACUGCAUGCAACAUCCCAGGAUACAGAGGGGCAACUGUAUAGUUACUGAAAAAUAUUCAAGUGCAGUUAUUGAAAAAUAUUCACCCAUGCAGUUCAGACUCUUGUUGUUCAAGUGUUAACUGUAAUAUGGAAUGGGCUCAAAAAAGAGAAUUUGGAAAAUGCAGGAGGAA